AUGGCGAAUGAGGCAGCCCUCAGUCGCUGUCUUUACAUUAUCGGCGCCCAAUGUACCGGCAAGACGACGCUCGUGAACGCACUCGAAGACGCGUUUCAUAAACGUGACACAGCCCUUCCAGUUACAGAGGUAGCCUCGAGGCCGGUGAUCAUCCGAGAGGUCGCGCGCAAAGUGUUACACGACAAGCAUUUCAGCCGCGAGGACAUCACUGCAUCGCCGUCCCGAUCCUUGCAACUGCAGAAGCACAUCCUCGACGCGCAAUUCGAAGCCGAACAGGCUGCCAUCGGUCUUGACACGCCGCCGACCACAUGGUAUAUCUCCGAUCGCUCCGGUCUCGAUCCUAUCAUAUACGCGCAACUGUUCGUGGGCGAAGGAGCGGCAGGCGAGAUGCUCGCAUCGGCAAAGUGGAAGGAACUCGAGCGGCGCAUGAAGGCGGGCGUUGUGGUGCUAUGCGAAGCUGGCUGUAGUUGGCUUGCCGACGACGGGACGCGAUUGAUGCCAGACGGGACGCGAUUGAUGCCAGACGGGACGGAGGCGUGGAUGCGCAUCGACGACGCGUUCCGAAAGCAGCUUGCCGGUCGGGGCAUCCAUUACACGCUAGUACCCAAUCACGUGGUCAGUCUCCAGGCUCGCGUGCAAUUGGUACAGGAGUGUUUGAGAAGCUCAUAG